UUCGGUCCGGACAACCUCCCAACCGCUCCGGAGACAAACUGGAGAAAUUGUCUGGAGAUGGGAAUGGAGUUCGUUUUAUGGAGUUUAUUUUUCUCUGGCUUUUGUCUCCUUGUCAACUGCCAUGACGGCAAUGGGCAUUUUACUAAUGAUUGGGUUGUGAGAAUAAUUGGUGGAAAAGAUAUCGUCGAUCAACUAGCAAUGGAACUUGAUUACACAAACUUAGGAGAACUCAGAGGAUUUCCAAAUACUUAUCUAAUGAGGAAAAAUGAUCAUCCGCAAAGAUCAAGAAGAAGUGCUGGACAUUUGACGAAAAGAUUAUCUGACGACCGACGGGUUCUAUGGGCAGAACAACAAAUAGCUAAAAAUCGAGUGAAAAGAGAUCAUUUCCGUUCAGUUACAGUUGAUUUUUUGCGGAAGACUAGCAUAGAAAAUACGAAAUUCAAUGACUUCCUUUGGCCUGAUCAGUGGUAUUUGCACGAUACACGAAAUCUUGCUGACAUUCCAGAGCUGGACAUGAGAACAAUCCCCGUUUGGGACAUGGGGUACACAGGAAAAGGAGUUGUAGUCACUAUCAUGGAUGAUGGAUUGGAAUGGAAUCACACUGAUAUUUUUAAAAAUUAUGAUCCUGAAGCGAGCUGGGAUACAAACGAUAAUGAUCCAGAUCCUUUUCCAAGAUAUGACAGUUCUGACUCAAACAACCAUGGAACACGUUGUGCAGGAGAGAUUGCUAUGACCGCCAAUAACGAAAAAUGUGGUGUUGGUGUGGCAUACAAUGCAAAGGUUGGGGGCAUACGUAUGCUGGAUGGCAUUGUCAACGAUGCAGUUGAAUCCGUGUCCAUCGCACACAACGUCGAACACGUAGACAUCUUCAGUGCAUCUUGGGGACCCAGUGACGAUGGUAUGACAGUGGACGGACCGAAGAGACUUGCUGUAGAAGCUCUCGAGAAAGGAAUCACUCAGGGUCGAUCGGGCAAAGGCGUAAUCUAUGUCUGGGCAUCUGGGAACGGAGGAGCUAAAGGAGAUAACUGCAACUGCGACGGAUACACCAAUUCUAUUUAUACACUGUCAGUGGGCAGUGCAAGUCAGCGGGGCGAUUUCCCCUGGUAUGGAGAAAGAUGUGCAUCUACCAUGACAACAGCUUAUUCCAGUGGGGCGUAUUCGGAUCAAAAGAUUGCCACUACAGACCUUCAUAAUAAAUGCACCGUCCAUCACACUGGAACAUCAGCAGCAGCUCCUUUAGCAGCCGGUGUUAUUGCUUUAGUCCUGGAAGCGAACCCUGAAUUAACAUGGCGUGAUGUGCAACAUCUGGUCGCCUGGAAUUCGGAGUACAUUCACCUAAAGAAUAACAAAGGCUGGAAGAGGAACGCUGCUGGGCUGAUGUACAACAGCAGAUUUGGGUUCGGGCUCAUCAAUGCCGAAUCGAUGGUGAAGGCAGCGAGAAAUUGGACGCUUGUGCCAGAGAAAACAACAUGCACAGUUGAAUCUACUUCACCCUUGCCAAAGGUUAUUUCGUCUAAGGAUGUGAACGAAGUGGAGGUGUUGCUAUCAACGGAUGGGUGUAAGAACACCAAAUCCGAAAUAAAUUAUCUAGAACAUGUUGAAGUUACACUCGAUAUUGAUUACAACCACAGAGGAGCUUUAGAUAUCUACUUAUUUUCGCCAUCAGGCUCAGUAAGCAUGAUUCUGUCCAGAAGAGAGAGAGACACCUCCGCCAUAGGCUUCAAGAACUGGACUUUCCUUUCUGUGCAUUUCUGGGGAGAGAAUCCAGCAGGGGAGUGGAAACUUCUAGUAAGAGAUUUGACAGAGCAAGAAAACAAAGGGUCCAUAAACUCAGUAAAGCUAACCUUGCAUGGCACACGGGAGCAACCGUCACACAUGAGAGGUGGAAUUAAAAGAUAUAUUGAUGAAAGAGAAACUGAAAGGGCAAUUGACAAAACCCCGGAAUUUGAAGAAGAAAGUCCAAAAGCCGAUGAAGACAUACAUGAAGUGUUAGAGAACUUAAGAUCAGUUGGCGAAGAAAAUGAGUUAAGUUGGCAGGACCUGGUUGGCAAAAAUUUGCGACACUCACCUGAACUCCUCGUCCAAAGUUCUAGGUAUUCGGAUCCCUUGGAAGAAGAUCAGCUGGACGACAUACUUUACCAGUAUCAGUACUAUUAAUGAAAGGCACAAUCAAUCCGACGAUAUACUGAUCUGCUGAUUUGAUUAUUUAUUUAUUGCAUCUGUAAAAUACUUGUAUAAUUUUUAAUUGUGAUAUUUUAAUUGAAGUAAGUUAAAAAAAAAAUUCUUCCAAUCAUUGAAAACUUUUCAUUAAAAUGUUUUUCAUGUAAA